UGGGCAGGCAGGAGAGUCGCACCGCUGAGCGCACCUCCACGGCUGAGCCGCUCGAAGUUCCGCAGACUCCUGCAUUUGAAUCGGUAUCACACUCGUCCCCAGAAGCGCGAGAAGCCACAGCCAUGUCCACUGCAAGGGAAGUGGCCAUAGGCAUCGACCUGGGCACCACAUACUCAUGCGUGGGCAUGUUCCAGCAAGGCCGGGUGGAGAUCCUCGCCAACGACCAGGGUAACCGCACCACCCCCAGCUAUGUGGCCUUCACCGACACCGAGCCGGUGGGCGAUGCGGCCAAGAGCCAGGCGGAUCUGAAUCCACACAACACAGUAUUCCACGGCAAGUGACUGAUCGGGCGCAAGUUCGCAGACCCCACUGUGCAGCCGGACAUGAAGCACUGGCCCUUCCAGGUGGUGAGCGAGGGCGGCAAGCCCAAGGUGUGCAUGGCCUACCGCGGGGAGGACAAGGCGUUCUACCCCGAGGAGAUCUCGUCCAUGGUGCUGAGCAAGAUGGAGACAGCGGAGGCGUACCUGGGCCAGCCCCUGAGGCAGGCUGUAAUCACGGUACCCUCCUACUUCAACGACUUCCAGUGUCAGGCCACCAAGGACGUGGGUGCCAUCGCGGGGCUCAACAUGCUGAGGAUCAUCAACCAGCCCACGGUGGCUGCCAUGGCCUAUGGCCUGAACCGGCAGGGCGCCGCAGAGCGCAAUAUGCUCAUUUUCGACUUGGGUGGGGGCACCUUCCACGUGUCGGUCCUCACUAUCGACGCUGGUGUCUUUGAGGUGAAGGCCACGGCUGGAGACACUCAUUUGGGUGGAGAGGACUUCGACAACCGGCUGGUGAACCACUUCGUGGAGGAGUUCCGGCAGAAGCACGGGAAGGACUUGAGCAGGAACAAGCAGGCCCUGCACAGGCUCUGCACAGCCUCUGAGCAUGCCAAGCGCACCCUGUCCUCCAGCACCCAGGCCACUCUGGAGAUCGAUUCCCUGUUUGAGGGCGUAGACUUCUACACUUCCAUCACUUGAGCCCGCUUUGAAGAACUGUGCUCGGACCUCUUCUGCAGCACCCUGGAGCUGGUGGAGAAGGCCCUAAGGGGUGACAAGCUGGACAAGGUCCAGAUCCAUGACAUUGUCCUAGUGGGUGGCUCUACCCGCAUCCCCAAGGUACAAAAAUUCCUGCAGGACUUCUUCAGUGGCAAGGAGCUGAACAAGAGCAUCAACUCGGAUGAGGCUGUGGCUUAUGGGGCUGCUGUGCAGGCAGCAGUGUUGAUGGGGGACAAGUGUGAGAAGGUGCAGGAUCUCCUGCUGCUAGAUGUGGCUCUCCUGUCCCUGGGGCUGGAGACAGCUGGCGGGGUGAUGACUACGCUGAUCCAGAGGAAUGCCACCAUCCCGACCAAGCAGACCCAGACUUUCACUACCUAUUCAGACAACCAGCCUGGGGUCCUGAUCCAGGUGUAUGAGGGUGAGAGGGCCAUGACUAGGGACAAUAACCAGCUGGGAUGCUUUGAGCUCAGUGACAUCCCUCCUGCCCCACGUUUAGUCCCCCAGAUCGAGGUGACUUUUGACAUUGAUGCCAGUGGCAUCCUGAGUGUGACAGCCACUGACAGGAGCACAGGCAAAGCUAACAAGAUCACCAUCACCAAUGACAAGGGCCGGCUGAGCAAGGAGGAAGUGGGGAACAUGGUUUGUGAGGCUGAAUGGUACAAGGAUGUUCAGGAUGAGGAUGAGGCCCAGAGGGACAGGGUGGCUGCCAAAAACUCUCUGGAGGCCUGUGUCUUCCAUGUGAAGAGCUCUUUGCAAGAGGAGAGACUUAGAGACAAGAUUCCUGAAGAGGACAGGUGCAAAGUCAAGUGUCAGGAAGUCCUUGCUUGGCUGGAGCACAACCAGUUGGCAGAGAAAGAGGAAUAUGAGCAUCAGAAGAGGGAGCUGGAGCUUCCCUGGUGGCGCAGUGGUUCAGAGUCCGCCUGCUGAUGCAGGGGACGCGG